CGUCUGUAGCGGUAUUGUCUGUUGGGCGCUUCGCCAGUCAGAUCUUUUGUUGCGUGCAUUGACGAGAUUGGGCUCUGUGUGUUAUGUCUAUGAGAUAAGUGAUAGACGCAACACGCCGUUUAUUCAGAACAGACUCAACAACGUAGUGCAUGGCUGUGUUUGUAAUGUACACAAGACGAAUUCACGAAUGGAAAACAUAGUGGAGAUUUAUCUACCGAGUUUGUACCCCUUCCGUGAGUAUUAUGGAGCAGAUUCAGACUCAAAGUUUUAAGCACAAUCUGGACAAGGUUCUGAAGAGUUACCAGACUGUUGCCAUGUCGAGUUUAGGCGGGCCGAGUAGCUACAGUGCCCGCUGGGCGGCGAGCUCUGAGGAGCUCGCCAUCGCUGCCAGAAAGCUGGCGGGGUUGCACUCAGCGAGUGCGAUGGCAUCGCCUGCUGUGGCUUCGGAUGCACGCAUACACGUAGCCGGCCUCAGCGUGGCCCUCAAUAAGUCAACGGAGCCACUCAUGGCCGGCCCGACCACCCCAGCCACAACAGCAGCCCAACCACCCAAGAAAUCGGCCGCCAAAUACCUGGAUUUCGACCCGCUGCUGCACCCCCCACCGUUCCCGAUCCAGCAAAUGCCCGUCUUCACCCCAAUCGACCAAUCCUCUGGGGAGAAGUGCGAAACGGUCCUGGAGAACGAGACUAUUUCCUGCUUCAUUGUGGGCGGGGAGAAGCGGCUCUGCCUCCCUCAGAUUCUCAACAGCGUCCUGCGCGACUUCAGCCUCCAACAGAUCAACGCCAUCUGCGAGGAUUUGCAUAUCUACUGCUCGCGAUGCAGUCAUGAGCAAUUGGAGAUACUGAAGAUCACUGGUAUCCUGCCGGCUAGCGCUCCGUCGUGCGGCUUGAUCACAAAGACAGACUCUGAGAGACUCUGUAACGCAUUGCUGUAUGGGUUAGUGGACGACAAGCAGUACGUGCUCCCGUCCCCGCGCGGCAAACGCGGGAGCGCGCUCCACCGAGAAAACUGCUUCUCCGUUUACCACGAGUGUUUUGGCAAAUGCAGGGGGAUCUUCAUCUCGGAUCUCUACACUAGCCCCCACGCCCCCACCAUCGAGUGUUCCGAGUGCCAGUACAUUUUCACCCCGCAGAAGUUCGUCAUGCACUCGCACCGAGGCAAGGAGAAUCGUACGUGCCACUGGGGUUUCGAUUCAGCCAAUUGGAGGAGUUAUUUGCUGGUCGCCAAGGAGCAAGAAAACAACGAGAAGCAUCAGGCGGCGCUCGCCGACAUGAAGGCCAAGUUUGACUUCAUGAGUCGGUUCAAGAGAAAGCACGUGAGUACCCAGUUGACAAAUCAUUUCCGUCUUCAUUUCAGGUACGGGAUUCUGCCGAGAGUUCAGAACGACGCUUGUGGACACCUCAACUGCAAACACGGCAUUUUAAGAAAUCUGUGAACAUUUUUUUU